CAGAAACACAAAGUACCAACUCUGGACAGCCUAGCAACAGGGACUGAACACAUACGCACACAUGCAGGGCAGUCUUUGUCAGGGAGACAGCAGGACGAAGCGACAUCAUGAAGGAUUUGUCUUUGUCCCUGCUGAGUCGGGGGUGUGGUCGAUUCGUCUCGUCCAACAGAAAGACAGGGAGAUAUGAUGGACGGCUGGAUGUCUGCUUCACACCGCAGGAUUACUACAUCUGGAAAUCCCAGGACUCUUUCUUGCAACUGUCCAACAGUGGUCAUCUACGUGUGGAGACAGAAUCAACCCUCCCAAAGACUUACAGCACUCGUAGGGGCCCGCUUCUGCUGUACUCCAAGGACCUUGUUACUAUGGAAACUAGUUGUCACUCAGACACCAGAGACAGAAAGAAGUGUGCUGUUCAGAGGUACACUCAACAAGUGGAACAGCAGCUUAGCACCCUCAAAGAGCUAACAGCAGCCAUUUUGAAUUACAGCACUCAGUUCACAUCCUCCAGACUUGGUGCAACCUCCUUUCCUCCUUUUCAUCUCCCUCUUGCUCCAGACCUUCAUCAUCCCAAUCCUCCAUUAAUUCACACCACACAAGAACAGUCCAGCCCAGAGUUGCUUGUACAGUUGAAUCCCCAGUGGGUUGCUGCUGAGAGAAACACUGAACAACUUAAGAAUCAACCUGAAGAUAAAAAGGGAGACGUGUGCAACAAGAAGAGAGUAAGGCUGGAUCUAUUUCUCCAAAUACCCAGUACCUCCAUGACGCCUCCUCCACAGAUGGAGCCUCAACCCUGGUUACACUACGUAGCAGUCUCCCCUGAAGAAGAACCUCAGGCGUAUUUAGACGCGAGUCAGCAACAUACUAAAAAUUCAGGACAAAUUGAAAUAAGCCAUCAAGAUAUGGAAGCGGAGCACCAUCAUCCAAAUGUGAUCUGUGUCCGUGGCGCCGCAGAAGAUCAAGGUUGUUCCAUUCAAGAUGGUGAAACGACCAGUGAUGAAGGCAACUAUGAAACAUCUAUGAGUGUAAACAGACAUGGGAGGACAGGCCUCCUUCCUCCUCUGACAGUGGCACAUUCAGUCUGUCAUGGACUCUCUGAGAAGACAGACAGGACAAGGUGGGAGGGCCCCAGCAAUGAUGAACACCAUGAACACCACCUACCUCCCAUAGAAGAGAGUCGUAUUGUUAUCCCGGGCCGGGCUAUCCAGUCUCAGACUCAAAAGGAUGCCCAGCCAAAGGCAGAAACAGUUGGAUAUCAAUGCCAAGAAAAUCUGAAUCGAGUGUCGUCACAACUCCAUCAGCUUCCUAUGGUGUUUCCUGGGAAGGAGGAAGAGAUCAAUGGGAAGCAACGAGGAGGAGAAAAAAUAGAGAGACGAUACUCUAAAAAAGUGGGGCAGGGAGGAGGUGGAGGAGGAGCAAGGCUUCCCUCUGAGAAAGGCUCUAUAAUUCAGAUGGAGCCAGGAGAAGAGCCUCCACCUCCAGUAGGAGUGUUGGGUUGUGUUGCAGGACGGAAAGGCCCGGGGAAGCAGACCUCUUUGGCUUUCUUACAGAACCAACUACUUGACCUCAAAGACCCCUGUGAAUCCACUGAGGCCAACAGAGGUGUGGUUAGGGGCAUUCUGCCUCUGGAGCUGAGAGAUUUGCAGAAUGACAAAUCUGUUGGCAGCCUGAUCCUAGGUCCUGAUGGGGAGAUCAUACAGCUGUCACUGCACGACAACAGCCAGGAGCCACCACAGGGUGAUAGUGACACACAGCAGCAAGCUCUCCAGGUUUUGUCCGCAGAAGGAGAGAAGUUACCCUGGGUCAUUGUCCUGCAGCCUGAACAUACACAUACAGAGGGAGGAGUGGACCUGAACACAGAUGUUCCUGUGAAUGACCAGCAUGAUCAGUCUAUACAUAAGCUCUUGGAUCCUCAUAGAUCAACAAAGACUAAUGCAUGCUCACCCAGCAGCCACACAGACCCAGGUAAACCUCCAGUGGCUGUGACCAAGAAAAAAACAAAGACUACAGAGACAGUGACGAAAACAUGGAAGAGGCCUAAAAGAGAUGCCAAAAACAACAUUAGGAUGCCUCCACUCAGGGAGUGUGUAGGGAAGGAGGAGCGAAGCAGAGGCAACACUGAGGCAGAGGAGGAGGACGAAGAGGAAGAGCUGGGCAGAGAUGGACGGACCAGCCAUUCGUCUGGAUCAGAUCAGCCAGGAAAGCUCCAGUUUAAAGACAAUUCAUCAUGUAGUGAGCAGAAAAUCAAUCCAAAUGAAGAAACAACAAAGGAUGCUGUGGACAAAAAGAGCACGAAUACUAAGAGGAAAGAUGCUGAGGAAGCUGCAAAAACUACAGGGAAAAAGGAUCUGAAAACAAGUGCAGAGUCAGACGGACAGACAUCCAGGAUGAGGAAGGAAGGAAGAUCACAGAGACAAAAGACUGGAAGUGAUACUCAAUCAACCAGGAAACAGAAACAAGAGAAGACUGACAGAGAAGCAGAGGAGGGCCAGGACAAUGCUGUUCUCCAUUCUGUGAAAAAGAAGGUGACAGACAGGGAAGGAGUGAAAGGAGAAGUGAAGAUAAAUGAGGAGAAGAAAGAAGAGCGAGCUAAAGUGGCGAGCCAAAGGGAAGAGUCUGCAGGAGGGAGGAGGCGGAAAGGAAGGCUGAAACACAAAGAUUUGGUUGUUGGAAACCCUGAGGAACCCCUUGAGAAAGAGGAGGUGGAUAUUAAUCAGGAAAUUAAAGAGUUGUCUCACCUAAAAUCCACCAAAAGGUGGUCCACAACACACAGCGACAAUACCAAACCAAAUUCAGAGGAAGACACAGACCAUCUUUCCACAAAUGCUGACAAACACAGCAGCAUCCGAUCAGUGAGCUCACUCAGGUCUACUGCUGCUACAUCUCAGUUCAAUCACAGGAGCUUAAGGAGGUCUGCUGCCUCUUCCUGUGAAGGUUCAGUGCCAACCAGCGCCAUGGGACUCACUUCAUCAUGUGGCCGCCUGUCAUCAUGUUCAACUGUCAUGAUAAGAGAGGAACAGCUGAUGCUGAACCCAGUGCAGCCAGAGUCCUCCAGGCACAGAAAGCGUCAGGAGCAACAGGAGGAGGCCGUAGCUCUGCAUCUGGCUCAGCGAGAGGAGCAAAGGAGGCAGGAGGUGGAGAGGAAGAGGAGCAAGCAGGAGGAAGAGGAGAGGAAGCAGCAGGAGAGGGAGCAGACAGAGGAAAGGAUGAAGAGCGAGCUGGAGGAGGAGAGGAUGAAGAGAACUGAGGAACUCAGGCUGAAGAGGCUGGCAGAAGAAGAGGAGCAGAGGAAACGUGACGAAGAGCUGCAGGAGCGAGCUAGACGGGAACAGGCACAAAGAGAAAGGGAGAGGAGGAGGCAGGAGGAGAAGAGACGGCAGAUGGAGCGACUCCAGAGGUUGAGAGAGGAGGAGGAACAGAGGAAGAAAGAUGAAUUAGAGUGUCUGCGCCUGGAAGAUGAGAGGAGGCAGGAGGAGGAGAACAAGAAGCUACAGGAGAUGGAUGAGAGUGAGAGGAUAGAGUAUCUUUGUAGGAAGAAGCAGGAGGAGGAGGAUAGGAAGAAUAAAGAAGAGGAGCGUAAAAGGAUAGAAGAGGAGGCUGCCUUACAGGCCGCAGAGGAGAACAGGCUGCAGACGGAACUGCUCACCAGACAGAUGGCGCUGUUGCAGCAGCGGUUGGCUUUCAAAAGAGAUCUUGUGUUGGAAGCUGAAGGUCUGGAGAAAACUCAGGGUAUCUCCAGACCGUGGAUCUACUCUUAUUUCACUUUGUUACAGCUACUGGGUCUGAAACCAACUAAAGCUGAGCCCGAAACCCCCUGACCUACUCUAUUUUCCAUUUGAGAACAUUAUGGACGAGUAGGAACGGGAAAAGAUUUUGUCUGAUGAAUGGUUCACUGAUUUAAAAAAAUCAUUAAAUCAAAUGAAACACAAUUAGUGAUCCCCACAUUCAUACUCAUCUGUUGCUAGCAAGAAAAUACUUUUUUCCAUUCCUUUAUGUUUUGUUUUCCCUUUGUUUCUAGAGUGACAAAAGUUUUCAAUCAUGUUGUUGUAUUAUUAUUAACUAACAGGAGCAGCAUCAUUGUGUCACACCGUGGUAAAGUUUUGUCUUGUCCUGGAUUUUUGUUUUGUUUUAUUUUGAGAAAAAAAAACACUUCCUGUUUUAUUUUGAAAAUUAACUUUCCUCUCAUUUCACAUCACAUGCCCUUCUUCAUGUGUCACUGGUCCAAGUGUCUUCCCUGAUUCCUGAUUGUGUCCACCUGUUCCCCAUUAUCCUCGUGUUUUAUAGUCUGCGUCUCCCUUUGUCUUGUGUGUCUCGUCCUUGCCAUACACCCCACCCUUCAUCCACGUUUUGUAAUUUCUCAUAGCCUCCUUUUGGAGUGAUUUUUUUUUUUGUUCUAGGUUAAAAUUUCGUAGUGUCGUGCUGAGCCCCUUUUGUUGUCAUUUAUACCAGAGUAGUUUUUUCCUCCCUUGAGAGUGUUUUGAGUUUUGAGUUCAUAGCCUUUUGUUUUCCUCCUUGUGGAGCGAUCUUUAGUUAAUUCAUAGUUUAUUUGAUAGCCGCUUUGGUUAUCACUCUGUCUGGGAGGUGGAAGAUUUAAAUAAAGUCUGUCGGAACUUGUAUUACUCUGCAUCUGUCCUCUUUGAGUCCAGGUCUGACACAUUGAAAAUAAGACCAAAAAGAAUGUCCAAUUACAAGAUGGUUAUCACAAAUUUGUUUAUAAUGGCCACACAACACAUGUGUUACGGCCGCUGCUGUUUCACCCCAUGAGGUCUCUUGUGUGUGUCUAUCCCAGUAGGUAAAUGCAGGUGUGCAGUGGCCGUUAACGGAUUGGUUCCUGGAAACCGAGAGGAUUGGGAUUGGUCCUCUGUAUCCUCUCCCGACCGGCCAAUGGAAUUUCUGGGACUGGGCAGGUUUAGUUUUGAUUUAAUUACUGAUUACAUAUGAGAAGACUUUCUGUUAGAUUCAUUAGAUUUAGGGGUGCUGUUUUCAAUGUUUUUUGGUUAUUAAUAAAAGUAGAUUAAAUAGUGAGGUUUUUGUUUCUGGUUAUGUUUAAAGUGACUUAGUAUAGAGGCUCUGUUAGAGUUCUCUUUUUGUUAUAUUAAUUUGUUCUUUUAAACAGCACUCGUGCGCCCUUUUUGUUCCAUUUUCCCUCACCACCUUUUGUUAAAGUAAGAAAAUAAACGGACAAACCUGAAACAAGUGUCAUUUUUCUU